AUGUAUGUAAGGCGAAGUCCAAAGCAAACUAUUAUUGACGAUCUAUCCUGCACAUUUCAACCCAAUUCUUCCUUUCCCAAGCCGCUCGACUCGAUACACUUUCGGUGGCAUUCUGUUGCAUCAUGGACUUGGGGUGCGCAAGAUGAAACAUGUGGAAUAUGUAGAACGGCCUUUGAUGGUUGCUGUCCUGACUGUAAAUUCCCUGGGGAUGAUUGCCCACUAAUAUGGGGCGCGUGCAACCAUGCUUUUCAUCUUCAUUGCAUCUUAAAAUGGGUGAAUUCGCAGACGCCUCAAGCACAGUGCCCCAUGUGCCGUGGAGAAUGGCAGUUUAAAGGAUGAGAUGAAAUUGCUCAAGGGAGUUUUAUCAUUAGUUACUUCUCUUUCCAGAUCAUGUUUUAGAAGUGUAUUCACCGGAGGUAAAAUGCUUUCUUCCCCCAAGGUUUCAGGUUCCUCAUCAUUUCUCUACUUAUUUCAGUGCAAGCAAUCAUUUACUUGUAGGUUUAGUUCAUAUUUUUUUUGUACCAGAUUUUGAAAAUGAAAAUAUUGAUAUUCGAGAA